UAUUAAAAAAUGUCAAUUUGUACCCGAUAAAAUACUUCAGAGAAACAAUUUGCUUUCAUUUUAGAAACUUCCAUGACUUUAAAUUUUCAAUGAUUUUUAAAGAUUUUGAUUUCCAUGACUUCUUAAAGGGUAUAUUAAUUUCAUUGAUUCUUAAAGAUUUAAAUUGUCAAGUUUCUUGAUUUCCUUCCUAUUUUUAAAAGAUAUAAUCUCAUAUUAGGACUAUUUAAUUGUCAUUUCACCUGAUAAUUAAGACUUUUUAAUCUCCUACAGUCAUUUUGAGGCUCCUGCAAAUAAAGACACUCGAUCUGACUAAUCAAAUCCAGACAUUAACAAAUGAACAGAUUUUGACACUUUUUGGAGCCACAGUUUAUAUAAUAUUUUUUUUUUGUUUAGUAGGCUAUGUUCUGAAGAACUGCAGAAAACAACAUGCUGUUUAAAAAUAAAGUUGAGUUUCCUCUCGUUUCUCUCCGUCUCUCUUCUGCUGGUGUUUUUGUCUCUAGAGACUCGAUCAGUGAUUCAUUCUCUCCGACGUCUCAAAUGAAGAAGUGAAACGUCGCUGCUAUGCUCUCCUUCACCUCUCAUGAUCUCUCUGUUCUCCUCAGUUUUAUAUCAGCGGUGAUGGAGAAGAGAUUGUGUGCUUCUGGUUUGGGCUGGGAUUCUCUGCUCAGACAAUGCAUUUCUCACGAAUCUCUGGGACUGACGCCGUCGGCGCUUCCUCCGCCCGUGUUGAGCACCAGAGGUCCAGGUCAGCAUCAGUCCUGGCUCGCCAUCAGCCCCGUCGUGUGGAUAUGUGUCGGGCUGCUCGCCAGUGGCUCGGUUCUGCUGCUGCUGCUCUGGUUCAUCAUCUACAAACGUCACCUCAAGACCUCACAGAACACAGCAGGUGAAAAGGACGCUACACCUCACACCCCGACAACCGUAGAACAGGAAGAGGAAGCCCACUGGCUGCAUCCCAACGGCCAGACACUGGAAGUGCCAGUCAGCGCAGGGUCCUGUGGGCGGGGCCUGUGCAACGGGUGGGCGGAGCAUGGGCUGCCACUUCCUGCAACCGAACUGGGAGACUCCGCCCUCGUCACCGCCAAAACUGGACAACCUGUUGAAGUCUGAGCAACAGAACUCAUUCCUACCAGUCCAGCCUUUGAUAUAAUCCAGUUUGUAUUCAUAUUCACGUCAAACUGC